AUGGAAGAAGCGGUUACAUACACCGCUGGCGAUACAUCCACCCCACCGGAUCUGCGACUCUUACACUUCAACGACGUCUAUCAUCUCGAUGCCUUCUCGAGGGAGCCCGUCGGCGGCGUCACCCGCUUCCAGACUGUCUGCAACUACUACCGAGAUGAUGAACGGUUUUCAGGUCAGCCAGGCUUGGUCACGCUGUUCUCUGGAGAUGCCUUUAAUCCCAGCUUGGAGAGCAUGUCACUGACGAUGACAGGGAGUCAUAUGGUACCUGUGUUGAAUAUGAUAGGAACUCAGGUUGCCUGUGUUGGUAACCACGAUCUCGACUUCGGCGUCAAACAGUUUCGAAGUCUUGCGCAACAAUGCACAUUUCCUUGGUUGCUGGCCAACGUCUUGGAUCCACAACAUGGCCCGGAUGUUCCUCUCGGCAAUGCAUUGAAGACCAUCAUCCUAACCUCAUCCAAUGGCAUCAAGAUCGGAGUUAUUGGUCUCGUCGAGCGUGAAUGGUUGGAUACUAUCAACUCUUUACCUCCCAACUUGAUCUACAAAUCAGCAUCCGCAACAGCCAAAGAACUGGUACCAAAGUUGCGGGAACAAGGCGCGGAGAUCAUUAUUGCGCUAACCCACCAACGAGAGCCGAAUGACAACAAACUCGCGGAAAAGACCCCAGAAGGCCUGAUAGACCUAGUGCUUGGAGGGCACGACCAUUAUUACCAACAUUCGCUGAUCAACGGAACUCAUGUUCUGCGGUCAGGCAGCGACUUCAAGCAACUUAGCUAUAUCGAAGCACGACGGCGGCGCGGUAGCGACAAAGGAUGGGAUUUCCAUAUUGUCCGACGGGAUAUCGUGUCAGAUAUCGCGGAAGAUGGAAAGAUGAAACAAGUUGUCGACGAGCUGACGGCGUCCCUGAAAGACAAACUGGAAAAGCCGCUAGGAUAUACUGCUGCUCCACUCGAUGCGAGAUUUACCACAGUGCGCCUGAAGGAGUCGAAUAUCGGCAACUUUGUUUGCGAUCUGAUGCGGGUUCACUAUAAUGGCGAUUGCUGUCUCAUGGCAUCUGGCACCAUUCGUGGAGAUCAAAUAUAUCCGCCAGGAGUUCUGAAACUGAAAGACAUCAUGAAUUGUUUCCCAUUCGAAGACCCGACCAUCGUCAUCCGAGUCACAGGAGCUGCCUUGCUCGCCGCUCUCGAAAACUCGGUGGGUGCAUACCCUGCUCUUGAAGGUCGUUUCCCUCAAGUCUCCAAUAUUACUUUCGAAUUCGAUCCAUCCCUGCCGCCGAACCACCGAAUACAGUGGACCAGGAUUGGCGGUGAGCCACUCAACCUGGAAAGAAAAUACGUCCUGGUCACACGAGGAUACAUGGGCAGAGGCAAAGACGGGUAUGACUCUUUACUGGUUGAAUCGGAAGGGGGCGAGGCGGAAGAAAUUGUUUCUGAAGAGAACGGCAUCUUGAUAAGCAUGAUGCUUCGGCAGUACUUCAUGUCUUUGAAAAUCAUCGGCAAGUGGAAGCAUUGGGGCAAAAGCUUGAGUCGGCAUUGGAAUGCCAUCCACGAGGAUUUGCACGAAACGCACCCGGUGGUGGAGCCGAAUCUCGACAACGUGGACGAAAAUCCGAUGAAGCGAAUACACAGUAAGACAGGAACGACAACGCCCCUGGAUGACUCGGAAGAUGAAAGCAACCACCGCGUGCGAAGUCAUUCGGAUCGGCUGAGCGAACAGGAAUCUCUGAUUGCCAGGAAGGUGACGCGGAAAUGGCGUCGUCUGGCAGGAGUGCGUCAUGAGGCGCCGUGUGUCGAUCCUAUGGACGAAGGCGAGUUUCAGGUUGAUUGGACCAGGGCCAUUGCACCGAGAUUGGAGGGUCGUAUUAGAAUGGUCAAGGGCGCGAAGGCAGCAGAGAUUCAGUCUUAG